GUUUUUGUUUGGUCGCGCGGGACCGCCUUCUCCGAGCGCCAUGUACGGCCAUGGCAAGGGCAAAGGCAAAGACCGAGACUUUCGGGGAGGACCACCCCCGGGCCCUCCGCCCCCGCCGGGCGGGCAUCCGCCAAGCCACUUCCCCCCGCCGACCUACCGGGGAGAAAUGCGUGGAGGAGGUCCCAGCAGCUUCCGAGAUCGACCGGCCCCGCCAGCGAGAGGCGGCUUUGCCAGACCGAGCGACCGCCCGGGCGACCGGCCUGGCGACCGGCCCGGCGACCGACCCCCGCCCCCGGGCCCGCCCCGCAGCGAUCGGCCUGUCUACGACCGGGAGCGGCGGGACGAUCGGCGGAACGAGCCGCGGAACGAGCCGCGGAACGAGCCGCGGAACGAGCCGCGGAGGGACGAGCGCAGAGAAGGCGACCGCUACCGCGACGCGCGCGACGCUCGGGACUCCCACGGCCCGCGGGCCGAGCGCUUCGGGCGCCCGCCGUCGCGGCCGCGCGCGGAGCGCGGGGCCGCGGUGCCGCCGCCGGCGUCCAUGGCGGCGGUGGAGCCCACCAUCCACGUGUCAGGGUGCAGCAAUGAGACCGUGUCCAACAUCAUCCAAGGCGUGUACAACACCAAAGAGUCCAACCACGGAAAGCCGGUGUACCGGAAGGAGGGCCCUCCUGGCAGUGUGACUGUGCUCAUCUACUUCUGGGACAGCCGCGAUGGAGCCGCCUUCAACGGCUGGUGGUUUGGCCCCAAAGUGGGAGGAGACCAGGUCUGGGCCUACAAUGGGAACCUCGGGCGCCCGGAUGUCAUGCCGCCGCCCAACAACUGGAAGGUUCCCUGGGAUGGCAAGAUCGACGACAAGCUGCGGAUCACGGUCUCCGACCGCCCGCCCAGCCGCCGCGACGACCCUCAUGCGCAAAGCCACGACCGGCGCCGUGACGAUCGCCAGCGAGAGGAGCAAAGGAUGAGGGAAGAGCAAAGGCAAAGGGAGGAGAGGAGGAGAAGAGAGGAGGAGGAGCGGCGCCGGGAGGCGGAGCGCCGGCGCCGGGAAGAGGAGCAGCGCAGGGAGGCGGAGCGAAGGAAGCGGGAGGAAGAGCGGAAGCAGGAGGCUGCGGCGGACAAUGUCCGCAAGGUGCUGGCCAAGCUGCGGAACGCCACCCCGGACAACUUGAAGGACCUCCAGGGCGAGCUGGACCGCGCCGCCGCGAGCAACUUCCAGGCCAUGGGCUUGCUGCGGGACCGCGUCAACGACGAGAUGCAGAACACCCUCACCCAGGUGCAGAAGCGGGUGGCCGAGGAGCUGAAGCAGCGCGAGGAGGCGGAGCGCAGGCGGCAGGUGGAGUUGGCCCGCGUGGAGCAGCUCGUGAAGGAUGCCGCCAUAGAGGUGGACGCCGCGGAGGCGCGGGUGGCCGAGGCCUCGGCCUCCGCCAAGGCCGGGGCCGACCUCGCGGCCCCCGUGGAGCUCCUCGAGGCGGUGCUGGCGGCCUCCAAGGAGGUGGAGGCGGCCAGGGCCAUGCUGGAGAAGUCCUCCGCGGUGCUGGCGGCCAAGAAGGAGGAGAUGGGCGCGGGUGAGGGUGCGCGGCAUGUGAAGAAGGAGGUGGAGGAGCUCCAGGCCAGGAUCAACGCCUCUUCGCGGGCCUUGUCCAAGUGCUCGGAGAGCUUGGAGGAGUAUCGGGCCAAGGGAUUGCGCAGGGCGGCGGCUGAGAAGCAGGACCAAGCCUGGAAGGCGUGCUUCUCCAAGCACGACAGUGACCAGGAUGGCCAGCUGAGCCGCGCGGAGGUGCUCAGCUUCGGCCUCGCGGAGUUCCAGAUCGACCUGGUGCCCGAGGUGGUGGAUCACAUUAUGCGUGUCCUGGAGCCAAUCAACUUCGAGAAGUUUCUUCCGCUCAGGCAGAAGGUGGGCAUCGCCAAGUUCGAGGCAGAGCACCGGCAGCGCCUCGAGAAGGAGGAGGAGCAGAAGCGCUUGGCCGAGCAAAAGCGCGCGGAGGUGCAGCAGGUGACGGAGGAGGUGUCGGCCUCACUGGAGGAGGCCAAGCGAACGCUGGAGCUCAGCCCAGAGGACGCACAGGCGGAGGAGAAGGUGCAAGAGGUGCGGGCGGCGCUGGGGAGCUCUUUGCAGCGGCUGCAAGAGCUGGCAGACUUCCCCGAGCAGAGGCUCAGGCGAGAGGUUGGUAGAUUGGUUGAGCAGCAUCGCCAGCUGGAGACGCAGACGGAGCAAGUGCUGGGUCAGGUCAAAGCUGCACGCGAUGCUUUCAAAGAGAAGGUCCAGAAGGAGGCUCAGCAGUUGAGGGCCCGAGCUGUGGCAUCCAUCCGCUCGCACAUGACCACGACCAAGAAGUCGGGGGAGGAGCUCUUCGAGUCUUUCGGUGCAGACUCCGUCGAAAAGGAGUCCUUCUGUGACUUUGUGAAAGGCCUGGAGGACAUGGCGCUGGAGACUGAGCAAAUGGACCGUUUGUGGGCGGAGAUCGCGGCAGAUGGUCUGCAGAAGUCUGAGUUCCUGGAGCUUAUCCGACUCUACUACAAGUGCGUCAAAGGCACGGUGCUGUCGGAGGACAUCAGCAUCAAGUCCAAGACGGUGAGACGCCUGGAGGUGGACGAGAUCUUGGAGGUCUUGGAGGGCCCCUUGAAGGAGGACGGCGCCAACGUGCGAAGGGUCCGGUGCCGGGCGCAGUCCGACAAGGCCACCGGCUGGGCGACCAUCGCCGGGAACCAGGGCACGCCCUUUCUGGUCCAGGUGGAGAUCGACAGGAAACAAGAGGAGAAGCAGGAAGAGAAGCAGGAAGAGAAGCAUGAAGAGAAGCAUGAAGAGAAGCAUGAAGAGAAGCAGGAGGAGAAAAAGGAAGAGAAGAAGGAAGAAGUGGAAGCAAAGGAGGAGAAUAAUGAUAUCAAGGAAGAAUCAUGAGAGAGCCUUGCAUUCUGGCAUGCGAGCAGUCUGCCUUCGAG